CCUUCUUCCACCCCCUGGUCCGCGCCGCUGCUUUGCCCUCACCUUCUUCACCCUCACCCACCUCGCCAUACCCGCCUUCAUCGAGAGAAGGGGACAGCGACGACGAUAGCGGCCACGGCGACGACGAUGAGUGACCAGCAUAGGCCGUCCCCGACACCCUCUGCCUUCUCGUCCACACUACCACCAUCCUUCCGAGCCAGACUCCGUAUACGGCCCCACGCCCCACUCCCUACCGAACCUUUCUUGCUCCCCAUCAACAUCCCAUCGGCAGCCUCUUUUCCCUCUCUUGGCAACACAGACACGAGUCAGGAUGAUCUCAGUUUCCUAGCAGGCAGGAUUGUCAGCCAUGUCCCUCAAGCGCGCUCUGAGCUGCCUCAGCCAACCGAUCUCGCCCUAUACCUCGACGGCUUCAGGCUGACCGGAUGGGACACCAAGCUCAGCGAUCUCAUCAGAGAUGGAGAUGUCAUCGAUGUCCACCACGUCACUCGCCUGCCUUCCUCUCGCCACGAUGUAGGUCGAAGCUCCAGCCACAAGAAACGAAAACGAAGAAGAGAGUACUCGGACUCCUACGAAUUAGAUGACACCUGUUCUUCGCAAUCAUCUGCGUCAUCCUCGCGACAUCGCACAACCCGCACGAAGAGCAAGAGGACCCGCCGCGAACGAAUUGCUGAUCAGAGAGAGGGGAGGCAGGCUUCGCGAGCCAUGCCUCCAACCUCACGUCUAGGCAAAUCGGCAUUAAAAGCGCCGGACGACGACGAUGACGACCUCCAAGCAGAAGCAGAUCGGAUCGCUCUACUUAUCAAGAGUGAAAUCGGCGGCGCCACACCCGUGUCAGAUGCUGGCGGCAGGCCUAGCAACCGAACUAAGUCAUCUCCACAUCAUCGGGCUAUCGAACAAGAGGAAGAAGGCAUCGAUGAACUUCCAAAACCACCGCCUGGGCUACUCUCAACUAUUCCGCUGCCAUCACGAUCUUCAAUACCGCCAGUCUCGAAGGCUCUGCCACCCGCCAUGCCCCUCCCUCCAUCUGGCGUAGGGGGAGCGGCAGCUGCCAUGGCUGCCUUCGAGGCCCGCAAACGAGAGACGCAAUCGGCACACAGAGAUUCAACGACUACAAGGGCUUCCUCUGCUCUCUCUACAAUGCAGCCUACUCCCCGCACAGCUUCAAACGGUCACACUAAGUCAGACUCCAACGUUGUGCACGAAUCAGACUCCGAAGCUGAGGACGCCUCUUCCUCCUCGAGCGCUUCUGCGAGUGCUUCCUCUAGUAGCUCGUCAUUGUCGUCAGAGUCCGACAACGAGGUCGUGUCCCGGUUUGUGGAUGGAAAGGCUGACAAGGGACUGGUCACAGCAUCAGCUCAAAGCAGUGGGCUCUCCUCACCUUCUUCUUCUUCUUCGUCAGAAAGUUCCUCCGCGUCUGACGCAAGAUCCUCCGGAAGUAACACAAAGCUCACGCCGGCUUCUGCAUCCUCUUCCUUGUCAGACCCUAGCUCCCUCGAUAAAGGAUCGGGCUCUGACGCCAAUGAUUCAGCUUCGUCACUGGCCCCAGGUGAUCAGCCGAAUAGUCUCAAUGCCCAAGCUCUCUCUGCCCUUAACGCAGCCACAAAUGCAGCAGCAUCUUCUAGCUGGGUGGUUCCAGGGCAAGGUUCCAAGCGCACGAGGCGAGGAAACGCCAAGAAGAGGACAAAAAGCAGGGAGAAAAUGCGAGCAAGCCAGGAACGGAUGUUCAACGAGGCUCAAGAGAGGGCAAAGCAAAGAGAAGCAGGGCAGGCUAUGACGAACGGCGCUGCUACCUCUGUCAUCGGGGAGGCAACGCAAGAGCCCACACUCAACGCUUCUACCCAAGACAAAACUCAGAAGUCAGAUGACGCUCCCGUUGCCGGCCCCUCAGGUGCAAAGAAGGCGCAUGAGACAACUUCCACAGCUGAAAGGGCUCAAAGUCCGUUUGCAACAAUUCUGACCUACAGCAAUGACGAUGACGAUCCAUCAGAGGGAGCCGACGCUGGUUCGGUUUUCGGAUGGUCGCUUGAUGUCACUCCCACAACCCCAAUGAUACCCUAUCGAGACCCCAAGGCUGCCUUACAGCCCCCGACUCUUCUGAAGAACAAUGCUGCCAUCAAGCUGGAUCUGGCCAAGAAGGAAAGGGAGAUGCUGGAGCUCAAGAAGAAGAUUCGCAAGGCAGAGGAGCAGAGGAAAACCCUACCUCCCGGUGGCGGAAUGUUCGAAUUGGACUUUGCUGUUGAGUCAGACAAGCAUACGACCGAAGCAAAGACGAACGAGGUACCCACAGCCAACACACAAGCCCUACCUACUUCUUCUGUGGUACCGUUCACCUUUGCACGGCCGGCUCCGGUGCAUGUGGGUCAAGCGCUCGCCAGUCAGGUGGAUAAGAGCAAGAAUAUCACAGCUCCGCCCAUCGCGGUAAGAACAGAUGGACCUCCACCGACCAAGAAAGCCAGAAAGGCCCUGCGUCCCCUUCUACAGCAACCACCUCAUCCGUCCACCUUGCCGCCUUCUGAGAUACCUCCGAACAUCAAGUUGACGAGCGUCGACUGCGAAGCCUGGUAUAAUGGCGAAGAAGUCCACGAGUACCUCUUUGUCCCCGGAGGCCAAGAAGAGAAGGGUCGAGCGUCCGUCAGUGAGGAGCUCGAGGAGGGCGAGGUGCUCGACACGGAAGAUGAGGGUACGAAAGCCUAUCUUCUCAUGAGACGCGCGGUUCGCGAGGAUCUUCGUAAGGAGAAGGAGCUUGAGGCAAAACAGGCAGCAUUUGGGGACGUGAUCGAGACUCAAGCUAGCCUCGCGUUGCAUCCGCAUCUGCCACUGACAUUCAGCAGCUUGAAGGAUGUCAGGCCAUCAAGAGAGGUCUCCCAAGCGCCACAAGCGUCCACUGAAGCGAAGCCCACGGCCACGAAGCCUGCUUCCACAGUGACCGUCGGCGCCGUGACCCCUACCAAUGGCCAAAUCUCACCGGUCAUGUUCGACGCGCUACCGACGGAGUUUGGAACGAACAGGACUCGAGCCAAGCAGCUAGCGGGCAAGACUGGCAGAUCACCAAAGAUUCCACCGUCAGAGGUCAAGAGCACUGCCACUGCUAGUGCCACUUCCGCCACCAACCCAGCCGCAGAGGUGGAGCUGGCUUAUCUCGGACCACCGGGGACCUACUCGCAUCAGGUCGCUCUGAAUCUUGACAUACCAGCCCUGCUCGAGUCUCAGCCUGGAAAGAGGGUGGUGCUCAAAGGCAAAGGUCCCGAGGUCGUCGAUCUCCAUCCUUGCUCUACCAUCACACAGACACUCGAGAGGGCGUUGCAAGCCAAAGAGGGUGUGUCCGCGCAGAAGCCGUAUCGACUGGCCCUUCUCCCCUUUGCAAAUUCCACUUUCGGUCCAGUGAAGGAAACGGCCUCUCUGCUGGCAGAGUACAAGGACAAGAUGAACGUGCUAGCAGCUACGGAACUCAAAGUGCAACACUCUCUUCUUGUGAGUGAGGCUACUUACAAAGCGCUCGAAAGUGCAGGGGACAUCUCCUCGGGAAAGGUCAAGCAGAGUGCUUUCGCUAAGAUCCAGCGAGUGUAUAGUCACGAGCAGGCCAUCGGGCAAUGCGACAUGUUCCUCAAGAAGAACCUCCCACUCACAUCCACCAACGGCGGUAGGACGCCAGUGGCCAGUACGGCUCUUGCCGCCUCGCUUGUAGCUUCGAAUGGACGUAUGCAAGCGCAGGGAGACACUUUGACCCUGAAGAUGGAAGCGGCUAUCGCUUCGGAGAUUUGCGCAACGAAAGGGGUGAUUCCUGGAUUGAGGCUGUUGAAAGUGGGGAUCCAGGACAAGGAUGAUAAUACCACCAAAUUCAUCAUCGUCGAGGCCGCUACGGUGCCGACGCUGCCCAAGUCGUCCACCAGUGCCAGUGCCAGUGCCAGUGCCGAUGGAGGGGACAAGCAGUCUCUCGCUCCUACAGCGGGAGCAACAGCUAGCACUCCUGCGCCUGCUGCGCCCGCGCCCGUAUCAAUCGCUCAAUCCACAUCGGCAUCCUUGCCCGCACGACCGUCCGUCCCACCUCCACCUUCGAAGAAGGCAAAAGCAGUCCACCCAGACUUUUUCCCCGGGACUUCCUCCCUCCCUGACCUCAAGCAACAGGGCACUGCCAAUGGUGAAUCAUCUGCAACAAGCACAAUCGCAGGACCGACAGCAGGCGCAUCCGCUACAAGCGCUCUCCCUCCUCUUGCUCCUCCUCCCUCUCUCAGCAGUAGUGGUGGAGGACUCGACUAUGGUGACCCGGAGGAAGAUGGAGAGUACUAUCCUCCUGCUGGGUCUGGGGCUUCUGCUGUUGCUACUUCUGGUGGUACUGCUGCGGGAUCAGGAACGGCGAGGAGGAUCUCGGCGCGUUCCACGAGGAACAUCUAUGCUACCAAGCCUGGGCUGCCGGCUGGAUCUGCAACUACGCCACCGUCGAUGAAGCCGGCUGUGUCUGCCAAGACGUUGACUGGGCAGGAUGUUAGCGGGCCGGAGAUUGCUGCAGCCACUGCUGCCGCCACCGCUGCCAACGGUAGAGCUCUUCCUUCUGCAUCUGCUGCAGCUCCAGCUCCAGUACCGGCAGCCGCGCCCGCGCCCCUGUCAAUCUCCAGCUCGACGAGCCUGAGCGUCGAUGAGACUUUGCGGCUGGCGCGAGAGAGGGCACUUGCUAGCUUGAAGCUCAAGAAGAGCGCCGCAGGGACAAGUGCGGGAGGGAGCGCAGGUGAGCAGAAGAAUCAGCCUUCUUCGUGAGGGGUGUCGCUUGGUGGGUUGGGCGAAUGUUGGGGCUAGUGAUCCAGGGGGUGAGGUGUAAGGCGCAGGCUUGUCUAAGUGACACGACUGAUUGUCACACCGGUGGAAAGUGAGAGCCAUGAGAUGUUACUGCCCGGGAGAAGGAGCAUCGGCAGUUGGAGUGCUGAAUAGUAUACAUUGUUCGAGUU